AUGGAUAUUAUUGGCGCUAUCUGGCUCCCUUCGGACCUCAACGAACCCGAAACGUUCCGCGUCGAUUUCAUGAUCCCCAGAAUGAGGGAUUUCUUCACAAAGCAGUUGGUGUCGAUUGUGAGGACCCAGCGACCCAAAUGGUUGUAUAAUGCCAAAUGCAGAUACUGUCCUCAUACCAAUCGAUGCCGACAAGAAACACGAGGAACAAUAGGCACGAUACCCUACAUGACGGAAUCUAAGAUCAAAGAAUUGAAGCAAACGCCGAGCAAAGACAUUGAGAACUUGAUCGAUGAUUUGGAGAAUAUCAGACUAGAUAACGGAGCAAACCAUACGUACAUUCCAUCGGCAGCUGACAACGACAAGGAUAACAUGGGUCUCUGCAACAAAAUUAUGAACUAUUUACUCGUCUUGUUCCAGGACACACACAUUUUGAGCAUCGUCAACAUGACAAAUCUGCCCGCUGAAGAGGAUAUGAAUGGCGUUGGCGUAGGCCGCAUCGCAAGUAUUGAAGCUAUUCUCAAGGACAACAUUGCUUUGGGUGUCCCCGGAUAUUACAGCUUGCAAAAAGCUGCAUUGUGGAUGAGACGGGCCUCUGCCUCUGGCUUUUACUCAGAGGCAACAGGAGAAGAAGAAGUCUAUGAUGACGAUAUGUUCUAUUAUACUGGGCAAAAUGGGUCCGCCGAUGCAGUGGAGGCCCAGCUUUCACUUCGCCUUUUUGCUUACCACACGAUCAUGAGCAGCUACCCUUUCUUCAAACGAAUGGAAUGUAUUUAUCAAUGUGAAAAAAUUCGUGCUCCUCGCCUGGCGGAUCUCAGGAGCUAUCAUCGAUAUGACACUAGCAAAAACCCUUUCAAGGAAUAUAUCCUUGUGCCUGACAACACCAAGGGAAUCAUUGAAGCCAUUCGCUAUCCUGAUGUAGAAGGACAACAUAAAGUGAACGACCUUUCCAUCACCACGGUCAAUAUCAUUGGACUGAGCGAAGAAUCAGGUCUAUAUACACCAUUACACUUCGCGGACAAAUCGGACCUCUCAACCCACGGCGCGGGAAGGUUUCAGACUACCAAGAAGACCCUAACGAAACAUUUAUUGGAGAAUCCAAAUGCAUGGGCAUUAACGCCUGCCAAAGAGCCUGACUAUGUCCUUAAUUCAGCGUUCAACCACUUGCUUGAGAAAUUGGCCAUGUCGCCGUCUCAGAAAGAUAUUGCGACAAAGAUUACAAAUAGUCGAUUACAAAUUGUAUGGGGUCUAGCUGGAUCAGGAAAGGCGGAAUUUUUGGCUCUUUUUAUCUCAUGGUAUAUUACCUAUCUGUGUCCGAAGCAGAGAAAGAAUUCAAUAGUACCGUUUAUGAUUGGUAUUACUGCCUCGACGCGGUCGGCCAUCCCCAAUUUGUUGCAACACGUUGAAACGAUUCGGCAGCAACAAACAAAUGGUGCUCCGUUACAGGUGGUCAGCAUGGGAGAACAUGAUGCCAAGUUUGGAGAUACCAUGUCCUGUAAACACGCCAGUAUGUUGGCGACAGAAGAAAAUAAAAAACGUGGAUGCCGUCGUGGUCGGAGGCACGGUGUGGGAUUGGUGGAAAUUGCUGGUAGCCGAUGCGCUAUUGCCAUCCAAUGUCUCGAAAAAGCCGACAGCAAGCUGAUCGUUGCUGGUAAUCAUAUGAACAGCUACCCUCGGCUGCCUCGACAUCAUCCGCUCCUCUAUGGCUCCAUUCAGCAGUGCCUCAUGCGUACGCUCGACAAUCGAAGCAUUUCAAUCAAGAGCUUCCUGUUGGAAAAGGGUGUGAAACAUGAUUUCGGCCCCAAUACCAUCAAGCUUCAAGAUAAUUGGCGCAUGAACGUAGGUUUGAAUGAAUUUUUCCAACAAAUCUAUGGCAACGACCUCAUUGCACGUUAUCCCAAAUUACGGCUUUUAUAUAACUGGACCCCCAAAAAGAGGUCGAUUCGUGAUGAAAUGAUCAAAAUCCACAUGGGAAAUCGAACACGCGCCGCCGCUGCCGCAGUAGAGAUCCAGAUGGAGGCCGAUAUAGUCACUGAACUUGUCAAAGCUCAUCUUUCCACCCACAUGGAAGGAACCGCGGCCCAAACUCCCAAGAGCGCCGUACGAGACGGUCAGCCUAAAUUGAUGAUCGUCACACCUCAUCAUCGUCAACGAGUCACCAUUCAAAAUCAGCUCAAUCAAAUAGCAUCGCAAGACGAUUUUAUUGUCGAAACGGUCGAAAAACUUCAAGGCCAAGAAUGCGAAUUGGUGAUCAGUUGCUUUACCUUUAACGAUAUCCAACCAUACAAUACCGAUUUCCUAUUCAGUUUCCAUCGAUGGAAUGUGGCUCUAUCUCGAGCACGCUGCAAAGUGAUUGUACUUGUGACCGCUACUUUGUUUGAUACCUCUGUUUCAAAACAGGAAAAACACAAUAUGUUGAGCUUUGAUCAGCGAGAAAACAGUGAUGGGUGGGGAUUCGUGUCCUUACUGCAUAAUUAG